GAACUUUUUAAAAAAGUUCUCGAUCUUGAAGCCCCACGAUAGUUACCUAUUACUACUGUAAACCGCAUUUUGGUCAAGCAAUUAAGAUUUUGCUAUUCAUUCUAUGCGAAUUUAAAGCUUGCAUAUCGAAUAACGGGAAAAUGCCGUCUCGCGCGGUGUCGCCGACGCCGUCUGAAAACGAAGUUGACAUCUUAGGCUCUCUGUUCACUGGCGACAUUGGAGCGCCAGAUGCGAAAAAGGGCAAAAACGCUGCGCAGAAUGAUCUUGACUUCGACUUUCUGGAUGGUGGGGACGACGACGACGACGAUGGUGAUGAGGCAUUCAUUGCUCUUAAACAGGCAGCCUCAUUCAGAAAAACUGGAAACUUGAAAGGGAAAUCUGUUAAGAAAGGUGGCGGCUUUCAAGCUAUGGGGCUUAAUGCGAACCUACUACGAGCGAUUACGAGAAAGGGAUUUUCGGUCCCCACCCCUAUCCAGCGCAAAGCUAUACCUUUGGUCAUGCAGAGGAGAGACGUAGUCGGUAUGGCGAGGACAGGUUCGGGAAAGACCGCUGCAUUCGUUAUACCCAUGAUAGAGCGCUUAAGGGCCCAUAGCGCCACAGUUGGAUCAAGAGCGCUGAUUCUUUCGCCGUCUCGAGAACUUGCUAUACAGACUCUGAAGGUUGUGAAGGAGUUUGGUCGUGGGACGGAUCUGAAGUGCGUACUUCUUGUUGGUGGUGACAGCUUGGAGGAACAAUUCAGCUCCAUGACGUCAAACCCCGAUAUCGUUAUUGCUACUCCCGGUCGAUUCUUACAUCUGAAGGUCGAAAUGUCCCUAGACCUAUCUUCGAUCCAAUACGUCGUUUUCGAUGAGGCGGACAGACUUUUCGAAAUGGGUUUUGCUGCACAACUUACCGAAAUUCUACACGCUUUGCCCGCAUCAAGGCAAACUUUGCUUUUCUCGGCUACUUUACCAGCUUCAUUAGUCGAAUUUGCUCGUGCCGGUCUACAAGAUCCAAGUUUGGUUCGAUUAGAUGCCGAAACGAAAAUCUCCCCAGACCUUCAGUCUGCCUUUUUCAGUGUAAAGGGAGCUGAGAAAGAAGGCGUUCUUCUUCAUAUCCUACAUGACACUAUCAAAAUGCCCACAGGACUACCUGAAGGCGUCGAGCCGGAAUCAGAAAAGCCUUCAAAAAAGAGAAAACGGGGUCCAGAUACUCACAGAAAAGAGAAGCCUACUGAACAUUCUACAAUUAUCUUCACAGCCACCAAACACCACGUCGAGUAUCUACAAUCUCUACUUCGCGAAUCGGGAUUCGCGGUCUCUUACGUCUAUGGAUCUCUAGACCAGACAGCCAGAAAAGAGCAAGUCGAAAAUUUCAGACGCGGGCGUUCCAAUAUCCUAGUAGUCACAGACGUGGCUGCUAGAGGUAUCGAUAUUCCCAUUCUCGCCAACGUCAUUAAUUACGAUUUCCCACCGCAACCUAAAGUAUUCGUCCACCGAGUCGGUCGUACGGCAAGAGCUGGACAAAGGGGAUGGAGUUACAGUCUUGUGAGAGAAACAGACGCACCAUACCUUCUCGAUCUACAGUUAUUUCUAGGCAAAAAGCUUGUCCUUGGAAAGGAAGGUAAAGAUUCCGCAAACUUCGCAGAGGAUGUUACUGUCGGUGCGCCGGUGCGGAGUCAAGUCGAAACCAACGUCGAAUGGCUUAAUAAAGUGCUCGGCGAGAGUGAAGAUAUUAGCUCCCUCCGUCGAGUAGCUGGAAAAGCAGAGAAACUGUAUUUAAAGACACGGAAUUCAGCUUCUAGUCAGAGUGCUCGAAGAGCUAGAGAAAUUGUCUCUUCUAAGGGCUGGACGCAAUUACAUCCCAUCUUCGGUGAUGAGUUGGGCGAUGCCGAGGACGCCCGCGCCGAAAUGUUGGCAAAGAUUAGUGGUUUCAAGCCACAAGAGACGAUCUUCGAAAUCGGUAGAUCAGCCAAGGCGGGCCGAAGCGAGGCCGCUGAAGUCAUGAAAUCCCUACGCGAGCGUUUCGGACCAAGAAAAUCAGCUAAAGAGGACUCAGACGUCGAAGACAUGAACGAGGAUACUAAAGAAGUAGACGGUGAAGCCGUAUUCGACGACUCGGACGAAAUGGAAGUAGACGAGCAAGAAGACGAAGUCGAAAACGAAGACGACGACUCGGAUCUCGAAGUAACCAUAACGAACCACACCCAUUCCAACAAAUCCAAGACUGCAGACCCUCUUUCUUCUUACCAAGAUAACGAAGUCUUCAUGUCAUACACCCCACGCACGGUGAACACAGCCGAGGAACGCGGAUACGGCGUACACUCCGGCUCCAACACCGGCGGUAGCGGCAACUUCGUCGAAGCAGCGCGCGACGUAGCCAUGGACUUAACUAACGACGAAGGCGCUAACAACUUCGGCGUCCCGACACGCGCGCGUAUGCGUUGGGAUAAGAAAGCCGCUAAAUACGUCGCACGAGAUAACGACGACGACGGAUCCCGCGCGCAAGGCGGUGGACGUAUGAUACGCGGUGAAAGCGGUGUCAAAAUCGCUGCUAGUUUCCAAAGCGGUCGUUUCGAUAAAUGGCGACGCGCCCAACGCAUGGGUCGGUUACCACGUGUUGGCGACUUUGAAAAACGCGGUGGUGGUAAUAACGCGGGUCCGGGAGAAGGCGGGGUUAGAUAUAGACAUAAACAGGAGAAGGCGCCUAAGGAAGCUGAUAAGUUCCGUGAUGAUUAUCAUGUACGCAAGAAGCGUGUGGCCGAGGCUAAGGAGAAGCGGAUUGGCCGAUACAAGGACGGUGCUGGCAGUAGGAAGGAGAUUAAGAGCGCGGAUGAUAUUCGCAAGGCUAGGGUGAUUAAGGAGCAGCGAAAAGCGAAGAACGCGAGGCCAUCAAGAAAGUAGUAGACGGACAACUAGAUGGAUACUACACAAAUUCACCAGUAGAAAGAAAGAUACCUGUGUAUCCAUGUUCAUUAGGAGCAAUACUAAGUCAAAACACGGACAAAUUGUCUCGAGUAAUUUCCACCAUCUAAUGCAUGAGAACCAGGCGAGUCCGCUCUCUAGACUUCCGAUGCUUAG